UUGAAAUCAUUCUGAACUCUCAUCUAGUCCAUACAUGAACAGCGAGUCAGCAACUGACACCUUGGCCCACCCGCAUUUUCAGCGCAAAAUGCUCACAACGAAUGAAUCAUGCUUCCUCUCUUCAGUGUCUCUAACUUUGCCGCUGAUCCCAGUCAUCUCUACUUCUCCAAAUCCCAAGAAACAAACACACACUGACACACACAUAAACAGAAACAAACAGCUCAGCUCAGUUUCUCUGCAUUUUCCAAUAUUCCCUUCCUUCUUCUCGAAGUGAUGCCUCAUUCCAAGUACUGCUCUUCCUUUGACUUUCAAGCUCUACGAAACUAUUAUAUUCAACUUGAACGCUCCUCUCCUCCUCCUCUCUCGCCUGCAAUCCCGCCACUCAUUUCCUUUCUUGAUUUCCUCUUUCUACUUUCUCUCCUAACUCCCCAUUGAAAAGUGAACCCUCUUUUCUUUUUCUAUUCUAAAUUUGAAAGCUAACUUUUUUCUUCCUAUUACGCUUUCAUCGGAUCUGCCACGCUUUUUUUUCUUCCUUUACGUGCUCUCACUCUCGCUCUCACAUUUUUAGCAUGCUUUUCUCUUUCUGUUGCAUAAUAACAAGUUUGUGAGAUGUCGUCUGAAUUCAAGGUAGAUGUAAUUAGCCAUGAUUUUGAGGAAUCAGGGUUAAGUUCCUUGAGCGGAGAAGUGACGUUGGCUGAAAGGGUUAAUGAAGUAUAUGAAGUUCUUAAUGAUAACCGUAAGCAAGGAAAUGGAUCAAUCAGCAAUAUUGUGAUAAAUACAGAACGUAGAGCUUUCAGUGACAGAGUUUCUAGAGGGAAACAAGCUGCGGUUGAUGAUAGUGUCAAUCUUCAGAUUGAUGGUGAUGAAAAGCGUGAACAUGGACCAGGAAAAAAAUCUGGACCUCUUUUGUCUGGGACAGCUUACUGCAUUUCCUCUUGCAGCAUGAUUUUGCUGAAUAAAGUAGUUUUAUCCGGUUAUAAUUUCAAUGCAGGAAUAUCCCUAAUGUUUUAUCAGAACCUUAUCAGUUCUUUAGUUGUUGUGUUAUUGGGCCUCUGUCGAGUAGUUUCUGUGGAAAAGCUGAACUGGAAGCUGAUUAGGGUCUGGAUCCCUGUCAAUGUAAUAUUCAUUGGAAUGCUUGUAUCUGGCAUGUAUAGUUUGAAGUACAUAAAUAUAGCAAUGGUGACUAUUCUGAAGAACAUGACAAAUAUUUUAACAGCAAUUGGAGAAUUGUAUAUAUUUCGGAAACAUCAGAAUCAAAAAGUGUGGACUGCAAUGUUUUUAAUGAUUAUCUCUGCUGUCAGUGGUGGUAUCACAGAUCUUUCCUUUGAUGCAGUGGGUUAUGCAUGGCAGAUUAUGAAUUGCAUUCUAACAGCUAGCUACUCUCUCACCCUGCGGCGUGUCAUGGACGAGGCAAAGAAGUCAACAAGAUCUGGAUCACUCAAUGAAGUGUCAAUGGUGUUGCUGAAUAAUUUAUUAUCUUUACCUUUUGCCAUCUUCUUGAUUAUACUGUUUGGCGAAUGGGAAUAUGUAAUAAAUGUGGAUGUAACCAAAUCGCCAAUGUUUUGGGUUGUAGCCACAGCCAGUGGAUUUCUUGGGCUUGCCAUUAGCUUCACCUCUAUGUGGUUCUUACAGCAAACUAGCCCAACCACUUACAGCCUGGUGGGUUCCUUAAACAAGAUUCCUAUUUCCUUUGCUGGUUUAGUGCUGUUCAAGGUUCCACUUAGCCUACCAAAUUGCUUCAGUAUACUUUUUGGUCUUUUUGCUGGAGUAUUCUUUGUCAGGGCCAAAAUGUCCAAAUGAUUGGGAACGAGAUUUAAAAAUGUUAAAAAAUUAUUAAGAAAAAAAAAAAAAAAAAAAAAAGGUAGUGUCUGGAAGUUGUUCAAAUGGCUUCUGCCUGAUGAGGAAGAUAUCAAAUACUGUUUCCACUGUCUGACUGCAGAAAUUAGUUAUCAGCAUGGAUGAGGUGAAUGGCCAAAGAGACUCACGACUUCAAAUACAAUUUCUUUUUCUUUUUCUUUUUUGGGGGUGGGGGGUGGAAUAUAAGUUUCAUAUCUCCCUUUUUAUUUAUUUAUUUGUUUAUUUAUUUUUGGCUCAAUGAAGAUGUGGGGAUUUAACCCUAGAUACAGGCCUCACAAAAGGAGGAAUGGCACCAUCAGGGUAGAUGGCCUUUGGCAUGUCUUCUUAUUUGUUUAUUAGACGUAAAAAAGUGAAAUACUAAAUAUCAUCUUCAAGUUGAUGUGGCAUGUAUUAAUUUUGUUAUUGGAAAUA